AUGGUGGCUCAGAAGCCAGGCUACCUUGACGCCUUCACCCACGAAAUGCCCAACCUUCAGACUAAUGCCUGUGAGAGUACGGCGAAACCCACACCCACUGGGGGCCUCCCAAGGGCUCCCCAGGAACUCACGGUUGACAACCCUUUAAAUGAGCUCUCAACUCUAGCAGGAUGGUUGUCCAGCCUGCCUCCUGAGCCCCAAAGCCCCGCACCCCCCAGGGUAGUACCCUGCCCUGACCUACAGCCUUUCAUGAGUCAGCCGCCCUUUGCCCCAGCCAUCACUUCUGCCAUGUCAGCAAGCAUUCCCCAAAGCUCCUUGCCCACAAGUCCCGGCCCCUGGCCUUCACACGGGCAGAGGAACGACAGCUCCGUGGCAGGGCCCAGCAAUGAACCAAAUACCCACACGAGUAUGUCUAACCUGGGAAAUAGCCAGCCCAGCGCUCCAGUCCAGACCCUGCCGGCCAGAGCCCAGCUUCUGCACCACUGCCAGCACUGUGACAUGUAUUUUGUUGACAGUAUCCUUUACACUAUGGGAUGCCAUGGAUGUGAAAACCCAUUUCAGUGUAACCUAUGUGGGUGCAAAUGUAAAAACAAGUAUGCCGUUGCCCGUUGUUUUGCCAGAGGUCAACACAACCACCAUUGA